CUUCGAUGUUAGUCAGCUUUACAUUAUAAUACCAAGGGCGUUCUUUUAAACAGUCUUGAAUUUGGUAGAAGGUCUUACCUUUGCCUUCUUCGUUAGCGUAGUUUCGGUACCAAUUGUUGGCAGUUUGAAGUUGAAUUUGCUUAACUCUCCAGAAUCACAAAUUAUAAAAAUAUACCACAAAUUUUUAAGAAAAAUUCCAAAGUAAACAAGCAGAAGCGUCCCGACCGUCCCGACGCGAGCUUUCUCGAAAUGCAGAGUUGCCAAUAUUACGCACGAAGUACCAAAAGUCACUUUUACGUUCAUAUUUUUUUCUCUGUGUGCCUGCUGGAAAAUAUCAAAACGAUCAAAACAAAAUAAAUUCUUCUUUUUUAUUCGGUGAUCCUGUUUCUGGGUGAAUUUUCAGCAAGCAGUUGCAGCAACUGAUUUGAUUGACACCACACCACUAACACUGUGCCACCGGCACAGCACCACCGACACUACAUCAUCAGUUGCUGCAGCAAGCACACCGACUGAUGCGACCAACGCAGCAACACCGCACCGACCGAUGCUAUCAGCACCAUACCACCCAACACGAACCACACCAACACGGACUGCCUGCAGCAACUGAUUCGACAGACAUCACAUUGCCCGCCUUGCACCACUGCCCUGUCACAGAUCCACUGGCACAACACCAUCGACGCUGCACCGGUUGAUUCCACUAUAACUUGCACUGCACGACUCACAUCACACCAAAAAUUAAAAACAAAUUGAAUCAGCUGUUUUUUGACAGUAAACAACUAUAUUUGUGUUAGUGCGAUAGAAACCGAUAGAAACGAAUCCUGCUCUCGAGCUUGAUCGAUUUCGAUUGGUUUCGAUCGAUUCCGACUGGCUUCAUUGAACGUCAGUUGGAUUAGUUUCGAUCAUAACAUUGGCUGAGUGAACAACAAUUUACCAAUCGAAAUCGAUUGAAACCGAUUUCAAUUGGCUGUUGAACAGAGCUUUUGUGGACAAAUCUUGAACACAGCAGCUGCGGCAUCGAAAGCAAAAACGAACACAAAUCAGCAGCAUUUCUCAGCGAUACGAAUACUCAAUGGAAGCAUGGGCUUUUCGGCUGAGUUGUACAGCGUCCGAAAAGUGGGUGGUUACAAACCGCUGCGAGGAUUUGUUGAAAUUCGCGAUUGCACGGACAACGCCGAGGAACACAUUUUACAACUGAAAACGGGCAUCUGCUACGUGGAAUGCAGGCCUCAUAUGGAUCCUAAUGGCGCGAUUUGUCAGCACGUUCGAGCAGCCUCUGAGUCGGUAGAAACAGCUGAACCCUUAGCCAUUCAAUGGUCAGCGUUAGAACUGCUUGAUAUUUCUGCUGAGAUCCGAGCCACUAUUUGGAAGCAGCAGGAAUCUUGCCAGGGCGCAGCUCAGCUGGUACAGAAGGUGUCUUCGGACACGUUUGUGGUGAAGUGUGAAGACGAAGUUCAUCAACCGAUUCCUUAUUGUCACGUGCAGUUGAAACCGCCAUCUAGCAUCAGCUACGAUUGCCAAAUACUCAAUACCUACGAUGGAUCGUUGUCUUGUUACCAUGCGUUUGUUGUUGCAGCCGCGGUUUUGAGCUCUUCUAAAUAUCGAUCCACAUUUGAACCCAUCGUUAAACAUCUGCUCUUGCCAGAGAAAACUCUAAAUGCGAGCUCAAAAAUUGAACCAGUUGGUUUGUCGGCUCUGUCAUUGUCGACUAGUAAUUUUCAGAUUAAUUCCGACGUAACGGGAGCGAACACAUCUUGCAAUCUUCAAAUGGUUGAUUGUAAUUUCAGUUUUGAAAUAGAAGAACCUACAUCGCUAGUCAUAAACGAGACAGAGCCAGGCGCUGUUUGUCCCUCGCCGAUCAUCGAAUUGAUCAAUAGCACCGAAACGAGUUCUUCGGUCACGGAAGCUUUCGCAGCUCAGUACGAUGACGACAAUCUGCAGCUGAUGGACUGCCAGAUUGAACUGAUGGAUCAAUUCAACCUGACGGAUAGGAUCGAUUUUUGCCCCUCGGAUAUCGAGCUCAGUGACGAUAAUCUGGUAUUUCCGGCCGACGAAGAAAUCGGACUGGUUCUGCAAAUUAAUGACCCAAGUUCCAGCUCCAAUGGCGUCCCAGCAAAGAAGAAAUCUAAGCUAAUUGAUGUCACCACGAAAAAGGCUGCUCUGCGGGAAUCUAGUCGGGUUGCCAAGGAGAAAUUCACGAAAGGAAGCUACAACGUGCGGAAGUUAAUGAAAAUUCUCGAGUCUAAUGGAGUUGUUUUCAAUCGACUGCAAAAGUUAGAAGCGGUCACAGUUGAUACGUCUGGCGCACCAUCGUUUGAAGCAAAGUACUGCAAUUUGAGCUUUAAUCUAUGGUUAGAAUCUGUUAUAGAACAGCUUAACUCCGUGAUAACGUAUCAGGGAAACGGUCGACCAGAAGUCCAAACUUUCAGUGUACAUGAGGACUUCUUUCAAUGUCUGCGAGCGAGGUUCUCCGUUGGUCACUACAACCGGGCACCUGACCAUAGCUUCGAAAUAGCCGAGAUUGGUCCAACUCGUGGGCUCACCUGCCAUGUCUUCAAAUUCAGUUGUUACAAAAGUCUUCGCAACGUGCUGAAAACUCAUAAGAUUUCGUUGCAAUUCGAGAAAAGUUUUUGCAAAACGAGAGAUGGAACCUUUGAGGAAAUUGAUUCGACUCGCUCGCAAUCGCUUUCCGAAGAAGGACUGUCGAUAAAGCCUUUCGAAUAUAAAACUUACAUUAAAAUGGGAUGCUACAAAAUGGAUCCCAACCAAGAGACGCAUUAUUUUGUAAUAGAAUGGAUAGCAGGAGUGUUACCGAAGAGUCGAUUUGGCGAGAUGCGAAUAAACUUUCGUUACGGGCAUAAGGAGAACAACCUGUACGUGACAGCACCGGAAACGAAAUUCCAGCAGGAAGUUUCGGCAUUGAAUGACGCAAUCAGCUGAGUUAUUUACACAUCAAAAGGUUGGCUACUGAUGGAAUGUGUAAAAUGUACAUUUAAAAAUAAUUUUAACGAGCGGUUACAUAAUACAUAAAUAUUUGCAAUAUAAAAUGAACAAUAGUC